AUGGGACAAGCCAUUAACAACUGGUUCCAGUCGGUGGCACAAGGAUUUGCCGCCAUCAAUAUCUCGUGGAUCGACCUGAUAAUCGGCGCCGUUAUCCUGGUGGCGGCGGUCUUGAUCGCGGUGCUGUUCAGCAAGGUGAUCUUCAGGUUAUUGAUGCGGUUGUCACGGGUAUCUUCGGGUGAUCUGGAUGACCGUUUGGUGGCGGCGGCCCGUGGCCCGGUUACGACGUACAUCAUUCUGCUGGGCGUAUACCUAGCGUUAACCGUUCCCCUGUCGCUGCCCCCGACAGUACAGGACGUGGUGAACCGGACGGCAGCGUUCGUGGCCGUGAUUAACGGUGCAAUCCUGAUCAACGCCAUUGGAUCAGCGACGCUGCGCUGGUUGCAGGGUUACAUGCAAAGUACCGAUUCGGCCAACACCAGCAGCUGGGCGUUACCCAUGGCACGUCGUGGAAUUGUGAUCGUGGUGUUUGCCAUGGCGGGCAUGGUGUCGCUGGACAUUGUUGGCAUCAACAUCAGCCCGCUCAUCGCAGGACUGGGCAUCGGCGGCCUGGCGGUGGCGUUGGCGCUGCAACCGACCCUGAGCAACCUGUUUGCGGGAACCUACGUGAUCACCGAAGGCGUGGUAAGUCAGGGCGACUACAUCGAGAUGGAGGGAGGUGUCAGCGGAUACGUGGUUGACGUGAACUGGCGCAGCACACGAUUGCGCACCUGGACCAACAACAUGGUCAUCAUACCGAACUCCCGUUUCGCCGAGACGAUUAUCACCAACUUCAGCAAACCCGACCAGCACGUCAACGUGUACUUGACCUGCGGCGUGGCGUACGAGAGUGAUUUGCAACUGGUGGAGGCGGUGAGCCAGGACGUGAUGAACCUGGUACUGCGGGAACAUCCCGGAGCGGUGCGGGUGUACGGGUCAUACUUCGGGUACGAUGCUUUCGGAGAGAGCAACAUCGACUUCUGGCUGUUCAUGCAGGCGCAGAACCGGCUCGCCAGUUUUGAGGUUCGCAGCGAGUUGGUGAAGCAAUUGCACGCUCGCCUGAACGCCGAGGGCAUCACCAUAAAUUAUCCGGUGCGGACGCUGCACUUCCCAGACGGGUGGAACGGCGCGGACGGAUCACCCAUGCCGUCGGGAGCGGUGGCGGCGCGGGAUGCGGCGAUGCCGGCAGUUGGCGGUGCGCCCGUGGCAGCCGAUACGCCGGAGGGCGGGAGUGGAGCAGACAGACCUGGUGGGAAGGGACCGGCAUAG